AUGAAAAUUGGCAAAGGCCAGAUACGAAUUCUCAACACCAAUCUCUCCCCAAUGACUCACUCUCGUGUCGUUUCCGCUAUUUUCACUAUUUCAAACCGUGAAACGUACAAUUUCCCCCCAUUUUUCAUCUGAAGAUUUUCAGAAUGGAGUACAUCGAAGACUGGGUCGACCGGGCGCUGUCCUGCUUCUACAGGCAACACGACAAAGACGACCCUCCGCCUGGGAAAGUUCACGACGGUUUGGAUGUCGACGAGCUGAGCGCCGAGGAGCUGGAGAAGAACUUUGUGAAUCUCGUGGUGGGUAGUGUCAUUGGAUAG